AUGUCCUCACGAGCAUGGGUUGACGAGGCGGACAUCACCAUCGAAAAGAAUUUGCCCGAAUUUAUUAAACAGAGCCAAAAACUCCCCGCGUGGGCAAGGAACAAUGCAGGAAGCGGUACUAAAGGGGGUUUAGGUGGAGAAUCCUCCUCUCCAUUUCCCAACUUAAGUGCGCAACUGGCGGGACAAAAGCGUUUCCGCGAUCGUGACCUCGAUGCACUUCUGGCACGUACCGAGCCGUUACUGACAUCGAAGCAUGAGCGCCGUAGCACAACCGUACCGCCGGUACUAUCUGUACUACCGCUACCUUCUGACGCAGCGCGUACUGUCCAUUGGCAUCGCAACGGCCAACUGGCCAUCGUUGGGGGAAAUAAUCAUGUGUACCUUUUCCAUGCCGCUGGUCGUUUUGUUGAGGAAAUAUCAAAGACUCACGUUGGAAAACGCAUCAAGCAAACAACACUAACCGCCACAGGAGAGGACCUAAUUAUUGUUGGUAACGGAAUAUACACCCCUAAUCUCCUGCACCUCGCUACAGAAAAAUUAAUCCCUCUAAACUUCCUGUGCACUCGGGAGCUCGCUCCACACCGAAAUGGGCGGCGUGACAACAGCAAAUAUGAUUUCCACAUAAGUAAAGUCGCCACUCCAGAAGGAGGAGCCGGAGAGAAUAUUGUAGGUAUGGCCCAUGGAGCCACCAUUACGGUUGCUUCCAUCGCUUCAGCUAGUAUAAUGCAUCGCAUUGAUCUGAGUGACCCCGUGGUAGAUAUGGCCUUCACUAGUAGUGCUCAGGAACUUACCGUUGCCACACGCAAUAAGUUGACUGUCUACGAUCUUCGCAAGAGUUCACAGUUUCUUCGUGAGCUGCACGACAAGGGUAUGGUUGGUAUUACAACAUUUGCAUGCAGCAACUCGAUGGUUGCCGUUGGUUCCACUAGUGGCAUCGUGGGACUCUACAGUGGGAGCUCCUUGGCGACGCCGGUCAAGACAUUAAAAAAUUUAACAACAAGUAUCGAUUGCGUGGCUUUUGGUGAGCGGAGUAAUGGAGACUCAGUACUAGCAUUUUGUUCUGGCAGUCAAAAGGCAGGGUUUAGGUUAGCCUCACUUCCAGAUUGCCGUGUUGUGCCAUCGUUUCCUACUGUGAGUGUGCGACAUGACUUCGUACAAAGUAUGACAAUGGCCCCAACGGUGCCAAUUUUGUCUGUCGGAGAGAAGACGCGAGUGACAAACUAUGCGCUCUAA